GAUAGGCGGCCCAGCGCGGAGAGAGGUUUUCCUAUGUAUGUGUGAUGCCGAGUUCCACCAUGAAGAAAAAGGUUCUGUUGAUGGGAAAGAGUGGGUCUGGAAAGACCAGUAUGAGAUCCAUCAUCUUCGCAAACUAUAUUGCUCGCGACACUCGACGGCUGGGGGCAACAAUUGAUGUUGAGCACUCUCAUGUGCGCUUCCUGGGUAAUUUGGUUCUGAACCUGUGGGACUGCGGUGGCCAGGACACCUUUAUGGAAAACUACUUCACCAGUCAGAGAGAUAACAUCUUCCGCAACGUGGAGGUCCUUAUCUACGUGUUUGACGUGGAGAGCAGAGAGCUGGAGAAGGACAUGCAUUACUAUCAGUCCUGCCUAGAAGCCAUCCUGCAGAACUCUCCCGAUGCCAAAGUCUUCUGCCUGGUGCACAAGAUGGACCUGGUGCAGGAAGAUCAGCGGGACCUUAUCUUUAAAGAGCGGGAGGAGGAUCUCAGGCGCUUGUCCCGGCCUUUAGACUGUGCUUGCUUUAGGACUUCUAUUUGGGAUGAAACUCUCUACAAGGCUUGGUCCAGUAUAGUCUAUCAGCUCAUUCCCAACGUUCAGCAGUUGGAGUCCAACCUACGGAAUUUUGCUCAGAUUAUCGAGGCCGAUGAGGUGCUGCUGUUCGAGAGGGCAACGUUUCUGGUCAUUUCCCACUACCAGUGCAAGGAACAGCGGGACAUCCACCGAUUUGAAAAGAUCAGCAAUAUAAUAAAACAAUUCAAGCUGAGCUGCAGCAAACUGGCCGCCUCCUUCCAGAGUAUGGAGGUGCGAAAUUCCAACUUCGCUGCCUUUAUUGACAUAUUUACCUCUAACACCUACGUGAUGGUCGUGAUGUCGGACCCCUCAAUCCCCUCCGCUGCGACUCUUAUCAAUAUCCGCAAUGCCAGGAAGCACUUUGAAAAGCUGGAGCGCGUCGACGGCCCCAAACACAGCCUGCUCAUGCGCUGAGCCUCCCUUGUGGACUCUUUCUGUGGUCAGACUUCUGUUGGAGCUGACCUCAGCUUCUCCACCUAACCUUCCUCUGAGUAUUCUCGUGGAGCUGAGCUCUUCAUUACAUAGGCUUCUUCAUGAGCGGACGUUCUCCUUGGGAUCAUAACUCGCUGCAGUGGCACUUUGCAGUUAACUUACUGUUACACACUUCAUCUUCUGAGGCUCAGCCUCCUCACUGACUCACCAGCCUCCUUGUCUCAUUCUUUCUCUGCCCUGAGCCCCACCGCACUGACUGAACAGCCUCAUUGCUAGCCCACAUUUAAAGACCGGACAUGUUCUCUCAACAUUCAAUUUCAAUAUCAGUAUUUGUUCCUCCGUUAAAGGGAUGGUUCACAUUUAAAGUAACUUUUAGUAUGGUAUAGAAUGCCUGAUUCUAAGCAACUUCUUAAAUAUUUAUUUUUUAUAGUUUUUUUUAGUUAUUUGCAUUUUUCAUUGGAUUCUUCUGAGCUUUUAAAUAGGGGUCACUGACCCCAUCUAAAAUCAAAUGCUCUGUAAAGCUAUAUAUUUAUAGUUAUUGCUACUAUUUAUUACUCAUCUUUCUAUUCCGGCCUCUCCUAUUCAUAUCCCAGUCUCAUUCAAAUCACUGCAUGGUUGCUAGGGGAAUUUGGACCCUAACAACCUGAUUGCUGAAACUGCAAACUGGAGAGCUGCUGAAUAAAAAGCUAAAUAACUCAAAAACCACAAAUACCGUAAUAAAAAAUGAAAACCAAUUGCAAAUUGUCUCAGAAUAUCCCUCUUUACAUCAUACUGACCGUUAAUUUGAAGGUGAACCUUUUCAGUGGACAGUCAGCUUGCCAUUUAUUUCUGGUAGAACUGAAUUGCUGUGUUUAUAGAGGUAGGAUAAGACCCUUCUAUCAGUUAGUACAAGGCUAUACAUUCAAUGUAUUUGAAGCUUUGGAAUAAAAUAUUUAUACCUCG